AUUUUAAUUUACAGAUGCCAUUCUUUAUUAAUAUUGUUCCUGUUUUUAUGAAUCCUAUAUAUUUUCUUAUGUUUUGAUAAUAUUACUAAUAGUAUUUUAAAAUUUUUUCUUCUGUUGGUAUUAUUUCUCCUUAUUUUGGGUUCCUUUUUGUGUUUGCUUAUUUUAAUAUUCCUAUGUCAUUUUGGGACUUUCCCCAAAGAAUUUAACUUCAUUCGAGAAGAGAUUAUUUUAUUCAGCACCUAGAACAUAGUAUAAAUAUUUGGUCCCCAUAAAUAAAAAAUAUAAUGAGUAUAAUUUAUUAUAUAGAAUGUAAUGAUUGUACUUAUAUAAAAUGUUAGUUUAUAUAAUGUGUUAUCUAUGUGUGUUAUAUAUAACACAGUGUUAUAUAUCAUAUAGUAAGUAAUUUCUUUUAACUUAUUACUUAUUUGGUUUUAAAAAGAGGCACUAAUAUGUGUCUUUUGUGGUUGGCAUGCUGGGCUUAUUGACUGCCAAGCUUCUCUAUAGAACAUGCUGAUGCAGGCUUUUCAUUGAGGAUAUCCAAGUUCUAGUAUCUGAAGGACAUUAGAAUAAGUCAGUCUUCUAGAGUAGACUGCUUAGGUCUGGAUGAUGGGAUACAUUUUUGCCACUGGCGUUUCUGGGGGAAAGGUUGAAAAUGGAAGAUGAGGGUCCAUUUGCUUAGUAGGUAGGCUUUAAUUCACUGGUUUAUAGUCCUGCUCUCCUCUCUUCCUUCUGCAAUGUCGGGUAAUCCUGAGACAAGGCUCCAGAAGCUACCAGGUUUAAUGUCUGUGUCAUGAAGUUCUGGGAGUGGUCUCCUGGCUGUGAAUAAAUGAGUGCAGUGAAUGAGUGGGCCUUGGAGUCCAGCUUUUCUUAACGAUGGCUAUUGUAUGCUGUCUCAACCUUGUCUUGUAUGGUACUUGGUGCUUCCAAGUGAUGAGCCUCUUGGAGGUUCUGUGAGGAGGGUGUGACUUAUUAACUUUUUUGUCAUCUUCCACUGAUGCAAACACUGAGGUUGUAGCUUCUUCAUUUUAUAAAGUGAUUACAAUGAUUUCAUACACUGUUUAUAUUCCAAAAUUUUUUGAGCUGUAUUAUUGAUUUUUGCUCACAUUUUAAUUCUCUAUGAAUAUCUUUUUGUUCUUUUUUACUCUGAUUUUAGUACACAGGGGAGAUUAAGAAGCAUGGUAAAAUCCACACUUUCAAUUAAAAAUCCACUCUGGAAACUUUACUUCAAGUAUAAUGUCUAGGACAGAAAGAUAGUCAUUUUCCAGUUCCAGGAUACAUCAAAUACAAAUAAACAGCACUAAUUUUCAGUGGAUACUCUAAUAAAGUAUAUAUACCUUUAGUCUAUUCAGGUUCCUGAUUUCUAAAAAAUUGUUAUCAUUAUUUCCUCUUAGAUUCUGUUCAAGAUAGCUAUAAAAAAUCCUUGUUUGAAAUAUAAUAAAAUAGAAUAGUCAUUUAGGUAUAAAAUAAUUGAGUAGAAGUGUGACAAACAUUAGUCUAUAUCUUGAUCUACAAACAGUACAAUAUGAUGGACAAGCAACAAACAUUUGUUGUAUAUCACUUUGAGAGACAGUGGGAUCAGCAUUUAAAAGCUUUGGAAUUGAAAUCCAUGGGGUUUUAAAAUGAAAUGAACUGGAGUUAACCAACAACCUCUGGCCCUCACUAACUUUCAGUCUUUCCCCACUUGCCUUAAAUUUAUCAUCUAUGCAAUGAGGGCAAAAACCACAACUACUUCAGACUGUGGAUAGUGCACAGUAUUGUUAAACACAACUGGCUAUAGAACCAAAUUAUCUGUAUUUGAGUCCUGCCUGUGCCACUUAAUAAUUUAUCUCAGUCAAGAUCCACUUAUUUCAAAACAGAAUGUAAUUGACUAGAUUUUGGUCUUUGAGUUUGUGAGAUAAUGAAAUUUAGAUUUGUAUGAUGAGAUUUUGGACUUUGAGUUGAUGCUGUAAUGAAAUCAGACUCUUUGGAGUCAUGGAAGGGGAUGACUUAUUUUGCUUGUAGGAGGGACAUGAUGUGUUGAGGGCCAGAGUUGGGAUUGUGGUAGGCAGAGUUAUAAAACCCCAAGAAUCCCACCUCGUGUGCAUGUCCAGUAUAAUUCCAUUUCUUGAGUAUUUAAAUGUUUUUCUAAUAAAAUGCUUUCAAAGUAUUCUAGAAUAAAUAGUUGGAGUUUCUUAAGAUAAAUAAAUAAAUCAUUUUAAAACAGUUUUUAGAAGCAUUGAAGAUUUUAAAAGUAUAUUGGCUUAAUGUUGAUUAUAUAUUUAAUUAGAAUAUAUUUACCCAUUUAUUAGAAGGACUGAUGGAAGAGGAGUUAUAUAAUUGGUAUAGGGAAGAUUAUACAUGUGUAUUUUACAUUUGAGGAAAUAGAGAUACCAAGAGGUAAAACAAUUUGCCAGAGAGUAGGUGAUAAUAGACUAAAGAAGUGUCCAAAAUAAUUAUUUACAUAAUUGUGUAAUGCUAUUUAAAAAUAGAAAUAUACCUACCUAAAUCUAUAUCUACCUAUAUCUACUAUUUACUUAUCUUCACAGAUUUUUCACUAACUUGGAAGAGGUUAGUGAAAAAUGCCCCAAGCAUUAUAUAUACUACAUAGAUCAGGGAACUAUUAUCUAACAGUGUCAUUUACUUCAAUUGUAGACUCAUGUGGAGAUCAUUUUGAAAAUUCAGCCCUACUUCAGGGAGGAUAGAUGUCAAAUCUCCCAUGAGAAAUUAUGGAACUUAAUCUGGAAAUGACUACUGACAGUCCACAUUUUGGAAAGAAUGAUGAAUAUAUUUAAAACAAGGUAUCAUAGAGUGAGACAUUACAGGCUAUUGAAGGUCUUGGUGAAUUCAAUGAAGACUAGGUCACAUGUAUAAGAAGAUGCAAUAUAAAGUUUGAAGUAACCAAUUCCAUCAUACGUACUUCACACUAUACUAAAGUCAAGUGAUUUAAAGAUGAGUAAAAUAUGGUUAAGAGUCCCAGGACAGGACCUCUGCUGUUUUUCAUUUUCAAAAAGUUAGUAGUGAAGUUCCCAUAAUGGCACAGUGGGUUAAGGAUUCGGGACUUUGUCUCUGCAGUAGCGUGGAUUUGAUCCCUGGCCUGGCGCAGUGGGUUAAGGAUCCAGCAUUGCCGCAGCUGUGGCUCGGACUCAAUUCCUGGCUUGGGAACUUCCACAUGCCACAGAUAUCCAGGCACAGAAGGAAUCAUUCACAGCAUAUCUUAAAAGAUGUCAUUCCUCCAUUGGAACAAUUGAUGGUUGAAAAAGAAGGUUAUCUUCAAAAAGCUAAAAUUGCAGAUGGAGGAAAGAAACUAAGGAAAAACUGGUCUACUUCCUGGGUUGUUCUUUCUAGUCGAAAAAUUGAAUUUUACAAAGAAUCCAAACAGCAGGCUCUGUCUAACAUGAAAACUGGGCACAAACCAGAAAAUAUAGAUUUGUGUGGAGCACAAAUUGAAUGGGCCAAGGAAAAAUCAAGCAGAAAGAAUGUCUUUCAGAUCACAACAGUAUCAGGAAAUGAGUUUCUUCUUCAGUCAGAUAUUGACUUCAUCAUAUUGGAUUGGUUCCACGCUAUCAAAAAUGCAAUUGACAGAUUGCCAAAGGAUCCAAGUACUCCUUCAAGAAACCUGGAAUUAUUUAAAAUUCAGAGAUCCUCCAGUACUGAAUUACUAAGUCACUAUGACAGUGAUAUAAAAGAACAGAAACCAGAGCACAGAAAGUCUUUAAUGUUCAGACUUCAUCAUAGUGCUUCUGAUACAAGCGACAAAAACCGAGUUAAAAGCAGAUUAAAGAAGUUUAUUACUCGAAGACCUUCUCUGAAAACUCUGCAAGAAAAAGGACUUAUUAAAGAUCAAAUUUUUGGCUCUCAUCUGCACACAGUGUGUGAACGUGAAAAUUCCACAGUUCCGCGGUUUGUAAAGCAGUGCAUUGAAGCUGUUGAAAAAAGAGGUCUGAAUGUUGAUGGAAUAUAUCGAGUUAGUGGCAAUCUGGCAACAAUACAGAAGUUAAGAUUUAUUGUCAACCAAGAAGAGAAGCUGAAUUUGGACGACAGCCAGUGGGAGGACAUCCACGUUGUCACCGGAGCACUGAAGAUGUUUUUCCGGGAGCUGCCUGAGCCGCUCUUCCCUUACAGCUUCUUUGAGCGGUUUGUGGAAGCGAUCAAAAAGCAAGACAAUAACACAAGAAUUGAAACCGUAAAGUCUCUUGUACAAAAACUCCCUCCACCAAAUCGUGACACCAUGAAAGUCCUCUUUAGACACCUAACAAAGAUAGUGGCCAAAGCAUCCAAGAACCUCAUGUCCACACAAAGCUUAGGGAUUGUAUUUGGACCCACCCUCCUGCGAGCUGAAAAUGAGGCAGGAAAUAUGGCAGUACACAUGGUCUACCAGAACCAGAUCGUGGAGCUCAUGCUGAGUGAGUACAGUAAGAUCUUCGGCUUGGAGGAAGACUGACAGACAAGACAAGUUACAGAGUAUAUUCACAUCUGUCUCAAUGCCUAAUAUUUUUACAUUUCUGUAAACAUAUUUCUGAAAUAUUUUUUUCCUUUCAAGCGACAGAUGCCUCAUUUUGUGAAAACUUAAUGAUGAUUUUGUGUUUAAGUUCCAAACAUUUGAAUAAAAUAGUUGACAAUAUUUGCCUAUAUGUGUUCUACAUUAACCCCUUCAGUGCUGUUCCUUCCAGCACUUCUAGGCAUACAUUAUGCAUGCUCCACGCUAGGAAAUAAUGUGCUGAGGACAGCGAAUUUCCAAAAAUAGCCUUAACGAGACUCCUGGGCAUUGGAUAUGCGGCUGUGUGUGUAAAUAUGUAAGUGUGAGUGUGAUUGAGAGUAUGGGUGUGUGUAUACACAGGAAUACAACAUCCUUACUAUCCUGGCUGCUUCAGGCAUGUGCGCACGUGUACACAAAUAGAACCAAAAGAGAGGGUAAGGUAAGGCAUAAAUUAAUAAUUUGGAGGGCCACACCCAAGGCAUGCAGAAGUUCCAGGGCCAAAGAUCCAGCCCGCACCACAGCAGUGACAACGCUGGAUCCUUAACCCACUGAGCCACCCAGGAAUUCCAGUAAUUUUUAAAUAGAACAAAGGAAAUCGAGGAUCUCAACCAAAAUAGACACAUUUCAUCUUUCAAGAACAUUUUUGUAAGUGUAAAUCUAGUCCAGCUAUCCUUGGUUCUGUACGCUAAAAUUUACAAAUACAUGUUGAAUGGCAAUUUUUCUAAAAAAAAAAAAAAUGACAGUUCAAAACAUUCGCCAUUGGAUAUGCUUUUUUACAUCAACUAUUUGCAGUCCCAUAAACAUAGUCUUAUAAAUUAGAAGCAAAAUUAGUGCCCUGCAAUUUUGAUCUUUCUUUUAUGCAGAAAUUACAUGACAGUUUGUUUUUAAUGUUGACAUCCAUUUUGAAUCUUCAUCAAACUGUAUAUCUUCCUUUUCCCUGGCUAUGUCAUUUUUGUAGAAUUUUUAUUAUACUUCUGAGGAUGCUUUAUUGGUGAAUUAUAUUAACGCCAUCUAGAAAGAACUUUUUUAAAAGUUUUAUUUUCCCCUAUACCUAAAGAUUACUUGACUAGACUUGGAUUGCUUAUCCAAUUGGUGGCUAGUUUCAAUUGUCAUGGAUAAACAAAAGGAUAACUGUCUAGAAUAUAUCAAACAUUGUUUUAUUUUGAAAACUAUGUUCUAGCUGAACACAUCUCAUACCCGGUUUUGUGAAAGUAUUCAGCUGAUAAAAAUGUAGAGUUAUGUUUGACAGCUUUUUAAUCAAAUUCAAACAGAAUAAAUAAAACUAAUCCAGUGUGAUAAA